CCGCCCGCGCGCCCGCUUCCGGCUCAGCCCGGGGUCCUCCGAGUGCGUCUGGCCCCCGCUGCCCGGCGCCGACCAUUUCUGCGGCGUUUCCCCAGCUCUGUCGGUCGCCGGGGGAAGGUACCGACAGGAAGUCUCCGCGUUUCCGCAUCUGGCGGGGUGCGCUGCGCCCAUCCUCUUCCCUCGCUCGCUGCGGGCGGGGAGCGCCAGGCGUCAUGGCCAGCGGCCGCUGCGGCCCGGCCGGCCCGAGGACCACCCUCCGCGUCCGCGCGCUCUCGCGGCCUGAGGCCCCGCCGGCGGCCGGCUCCGUGUGAGCGCCCCCGGCCCCGGCCCCGCCCCCGCCCGCGCCGGGCCCAUGGCCUCCGAGGCCUCCGAGGCCCCGCCGUCGCCGCCGUCCCCGGAGCCCGAGCUGGCCCAGCUGAGGCGGAAGGUGGAGAAGUUGGAAGGCGAGCUGCGGAGCUGCAAGCGGCAGGUGCGGGAGAUCGAGAAGCUGCUGCAUCACACGGAGCGGCUGUACCAGAGCGCGGAGAGCAGCAACCAGGAGCUCCGCAGCCAGGUAGAGGAGCUCAGUAAAAUACUCCAUUGUGGGAGAAAUGAAGACAGUAAGAAGUCUGAUGUAGAAGUACAAACAGAGAACCACCCUCCUUGGUCAAUCUCAGAUUAUUAUUAUCAGACAUACUAUAAGGAUGUUAGUCUUCCAAAUAAAGUGACUGAACUCUCAGUUCAGCAAGAUCAGGAUAUCAAAGCUUCUACUUUAAAUUCUGAAGACCAGUCACAAAUAGAUAAUGACGCUUACACUGGUACUGAUAUAACAGAACAUGCUAAAUGUGCAGAAGAGGACCAUUUUGCCUCAAAUUCCCAGGAGUCAGCAUCUGUAUUAGCAGCAGAAGAUACAUCCUUAGAAGGUUCUUCAUUAGCUGAAAGUUUGAGAGCUGCAGCAGAAGCUGCUGUGUCUCAGACUGGAUUUAGUUAUGAUGAGAACACUGGACUGUAUUUUGAUCACAGCACUGGUUUCUAUUAUGAUUCUGAAAAUCAACUAUAUUAUGAUCCUUCCACUGGAAUAUAUUACUACUGUGAUGUGGAAAGUGGUCGAUACCAAUUUCAUUCUCGAGUCGAUUUGCAACCUUAUCAGACUUGUGGCACAAAACAAAGUAAGGAUAAAAAAUUGAAGAAGAAAAGAAAGGAUCUAGAUUCUUCUUUAGCAAACGAGGAAAAGGAUUUGAAUUCAGAGGAUCAAAAAGCAUCCAGUGUUGAACAUAUAAGCUGCAGUGAGGGAGAAGAUUUUGCAAAUGUGAAGAAGAAGGCUAAAAUAGACGUUCAUUACAAAAACAGUCCCCCCAAAUUUACUGUUUCAGUUAGUGGAAAGACUACAGAAUCUUCUCUUAAUGAAAGCAUUUAUAAUUCAACGUCAUUUAAAGAUGAGAAAAUCAUGGAGACUGAUAGUGAGCCAGAAGAAGGUGAAAUUACAGACUCUCAGACAGAGGACAGUUACGAUGAAGACAUUACCAGUGAAGACAAUGUAACUGUAGAAGAUUCUGAGGAUGAAGCAGAUGAAGAAAAAAUUUGGCCCCCAUGUAUUAGAGUAAUUGUUAUUAGAUCACCAGUGUUGCAGACAGGAUCACUCUUUAUCAUUACAGCUGUAAACCCUGCUACAAUUGGAAGAGAAAAAGAUAUGGAGCAUACUCUCCGAAUCCCUGAAGUUGGUGUUAGUAAGUUUCAUGCAGAAAUUUAUUUUGACCAUGAAUUACAAAGUUAUGUCCUUGUGGAUCAAGGUAGUCAAAAUGGUACAAUUGUUAAUGGAAAACAGAUUCUUCAGCCUAAAACUAAAUGUGACCCUUAUGUACUUGAGCAUGGUGAUGAAGUGAAAAUUGGAGAGACUGUACUGUCUUUUCACAUCCACCCUGGCAGUGAUACCUGUGAUGGCUGUGAACCAGGACAAGUGCGAGCUCACCUUCGUCUUGAUAAGAAAGAUGAAUGUUUUGUUGGUCCAGCACUAAGUAAGGAGGAAAAAGAGUUGGAAAGGAGAAAAGAAUUAAAGAAAAUACGAGUAAAAUAUGGUUUGCAGAAUACAGACUAUGAAGAUGAAAAGGCAUUGAAGAAUCCAAAAUACAAAGAUAGAGCUGGAAAACGGAGGGAGCAGAUUGGAAGUGAAGGGACUUUCCAAAGAGAUGAUGCUCCUGCAUCUGUUCAUUUUGAAAUUACUGAUAGCAACAAAGGUCGGAAGAUGUUGGAGAAGAUGGGCUGGAAAAAAGGAGAGGGCCUAGGGAAGGACGGUGGAGGAAUGAAAAUUCCGAUCCAGCUUCAGCUUCGGCGAACACAUGCAGGCUUGGGGACCGGCAAACCAUCCUCGAUUGAAGAUGUUCACCUUCUCCAAAACAAGAGCAAAAAGAACUGGGAGAAAGCGCGAGAGAGGUUUGCUGAAAACUUCACAGAAGCUAAAUCUCAAAAAGAUGUCCCAGGGACCGUCCCUUGGGUCAAAGGGACCAUAGAGUGAAGGUCAGUCAUAGAACACAAUUCAAGCUUUUUUUAAAAAAGAGUUUGGAAAUUCGUAUUUUAUUGCAGAACUUUUCCCUCUGAAGGGUCUGUUGCCUGAGGGAACUGUAUUAUAAUAUACCCCCUCAUGAUUCUGAAAUGUGUAAUAAACUGGUUUGCAGCUUUUAAAAAAACAUUUUUUUAAAUAAUAAUAAUUGAAUUAGGUUAUGCUGUGAGCAGACUAAAGUUCACAGGGCACGGCUGAGCUUAUCAGACUUUGUUAUUUUUAUCUUGUUUAUAAGACCUAUAUAGGCAAAUUUCAUAUAACCAGUAAUGAUUUAAAUGUACAUUUGUGUCUUCAUAUAUUCAUUAUUAUAGAUAUAUAAGAGAAACAUCAAAAAUUUAUAAAAAUAAGUCUGAUUAAAUGCAUCAUUGUUUAUGUCUUUAGAACUUAGAUAAAAAAGCUUGAGAAAACAGGGAUAGUGGUGCAUAACUUUUAUUAUUCUUGAAAUAUUCUAAGUACUAUUACUGAAGAACUAAUGAAUAAGUGAUAUAUUAUGGAAAAUUAGUCUUUCAUUGUUUUCUUCUGUGAAGAAUUUGUUGAUUUGUACUAUAAAGCAUUUACAUCUGGUUUGUUUUAUAGCUGAAAUAUUUAGAUAUGAGCAAUUGAGUACAGUAUUGAAAUAUUCCAUGUGCUGGCAUUUAUAGUUUUGAUAAAUCCCAUUGCUGGCAAUGGAGUUGUGCCAGAGAAAUCUGAUUUCUACUGCAAGAGGAUUGCCUAGCCAAGGCCUCAAACACAAGAUAUUUAUUGAAAAUGUCUUCAAAUGCAAUAAAACCAUUAUAAUUAUAACAUCAAAAAGAGUGAUUCAUUGAACCAAUGUUUUAAGCAUAUUGGUCUGCUUUGAACUCAGGACCAGCCAGAAUUUUCCUUAAAUUGGCAGAGCAGUAACAAUAGCAUUACUUUAAAUAUUGGAGAACUGCAGUGCAGCUUUCUGAGUGCAGAUGUCACUACUCUGCCGGUUAUCACUGUUCUCUUCCUUUUUGUUCAACUUUUUUCUUAGCUUUUUGCAGGGAAAUUAUGUUGGAACUGACUUUUUUUUCUGGCAGGGAAUAUAAGCUAUAGCUCCCUCAUCUACUAUAAAGAAAUGUCUUUAAGGUUGAGAAAUAGGAAAAGAAAAUUUUGAAAAAAAUUAUACAAUGAGGAAGACAAUUCAGAAAUAAAGGCUACUUGUUGGAAUUUCUACUCUGAAUGGUUUGGAGUACUUAGGAAGAAAAGGGGUGGUGGGGAAAGAAAGAUAAGUUUAGUACUAAAGAUAAGACAUAUGACCAGAUUGUCAAGACCCUUAAAGUCUAAGCUGGGAUAAUCAGAGGCCCUAUAAUUCCAAAACUGCAAAAAGUAAUUUUCUGUAUCCUUCAUAGCCACCUACACACCCUAACACUUCUAUAUGUACAUUAGAUUUGAAGGCAACAGAAGUGUUCUGCGUUUUUGUUUUUGUUUUUUUUUCUGCUUUAGAAUGAAAUGUAGUCAUUUACAUGUGGUUCUAGUACUGGUGCCCUGUAUAUAGAUAACAAUAUAGGAGGCCCAAAUUAGAAUUGUGGUAGAUUUCAUUCACUGAGUAAAGUAUACAACUGUGUAUAUAAUAUUUCCCAUUUUUAUUAUUAGAUUGUGGAAAACUUUUUCAUUGCUUUCUUUUGUUAAGAAAAUGGAGACUUGAAAAUGGUGAUAAAAAUUGAAAUAUAUAUGAUAUUUGCAUUAUUAAAAAACCCUUUGCAGAUCUAAAGUCUCAGGGCUAUACUAUAUGGUGGUUAAAGGACUGAAUAAUGUCUGGGUCUAUUUCCAUUUGUGAAAUAAGAAUAGUAUUUAUCUCUCAUGUCUGUUUUGAGUAGAAAAUGAGAAAAUGUAUAUAAAAGCACUUUGUAAACUGUAAAAGUAGUACAGAGAUGUGAGCUUCUAUUUGUUUAGAAGCAGAGGUGUGAAUUAUGUACAAUUUGGAUUACACAUAAAAUUGUUUUGUGUCUCAUAUUUUAAAUAAUUAUCAACACAGUAUAAAUUUA